UAGGAGCUCUUUGGGUUUGGUUUACGGAAACAUUGGACACGUGUCGAUUUAGCUGUUGCUUUUGCUACAGAAAUUAAUCUGAACUCUUUGCGAAAGUCCGAAGAUUGCUCACCAAUGCUCUGUAGUUGGCAGAGUGUGCGACUGGCGUUUGCCAUUUUCUGCCAUGUCAAAGCCCGUCAAAGUUUCCAAACCUGGAACGAUAACUUUUUACCAGUUGGACAAUAACAAAGUCUUUGACACCCCAAAAUUAAUGCAAGGACUCGAAGAAAACGCACCUGACAUUUGUCGUUAGCAAGUUAGCUAGGUGGCUACAUUUUAGCAGGUUAUCUACUUAGGAAAAGUGUAAACUAGCUAGCUAUUUUUUCCAAAACACUUUCUCGGUCACUUGUUCAAGAAAGUUCGCGCCUUUGAUCCGGUAAAGGAGUGGCUCGUGAGUUGAGAUGAUUUUGAGAAAAAUAACUGCGAGAACAUGCAGAGUUUGGCUGUCUAGGGUUGUGUCUGGAUCCAGCCAGGAGAGAUGCUUCUCCUCCUCCGUGCCCGCCCAGCCGGUACCCCCGCUGGCCCAGACUCUGCAGGGGUACCUACGAGCCCUGGAGCCCCUGAUACCUGAAGAAGAGCUGGUCCACACCCGCAAGAAUAUCCAAAAGUUUUGCGGAGAGGGGGGACUCGGUCCGCAACUUCAAGAGGGACUGGAGAGACGAGCUAGACACUCAAACAAUUGGAUAUCCGACUGGUGGGUGCAGUGGGCGUACCUGGAGAGCAGACAGCCCCUGCCCGUGCAUUCUAACCCGGCCAUCUCCCUGCCCAAGCGGGACUUCUCAGACUGGAGGGGCCAGCUUGUGUUUGCAUCCAAGCUGAUUGCUGCUGCACUCGAUUUCAAAAAUGUAGUAGACAAUGGCCGUCUGCCAGUGGAGUACAUGCGGGGCCAGCCACUCUGUAUGGAGCUCUUUCCCCUCCUCUUCUCAUCCUGUCGGAUCCCAGGCCGCAAACACGACACCAUCACCCAUCACAGCCGUGCCCGCCACAUCACAGUGGUGAGGAACUACCAGUUCUUUCAGAUGGACGUAUACAACAGUGAUGGCUCUCGGAUGACCGAGAGCCAGAUCCACGCCCAGCUUCUGCGAAUCAGGGCUGAGUCCUGGAAGACGGACAAGGAGCCAAUGGGCAUCCUGACCAGCGAGCAUCGCCAGACCUGGGGCCAGGCCUACAGCCGCCUGCUCAAAGAUAAAUUGAACAAGGAGUCAGUGCGAGCGAUUGAGAAGGGUCUUUUCACCUUGUGUCUGGACUCUCCAGUCAUGAGGGUCUCAGAUGAAAAGUACUCCAGUCGCAUGGCAGCUCAAAUCCUGCAUGGGGGCGGGACACACUCGAACAGCGGCAAUCGUUGGUUUGACAAAACACUGCAGUUUGUGGUGGGUGAGGAUGGCUCAUGGGGGCUUCUGUAUGAGCAGGCCACGGCUGAAGGUCCACCAAUAGCUACUCUUCUGGAUCACAUUCUACAAUACUGUAAGAAACCGGACCCAAAGAAAACCCCUUUGAUCCCACUUCAGAUGCCCAAGAAGCUUUACUUCAACAUUGACCGUGAGAUUAAGAGAGAUAUCGAGCAUGCCAAGCAAAACCUUGAUAUAUUGAUCAAUGACCUGGAUAUCCGCUGCUUCAACUUCCAGAGGUUUGGGAAGGAGUUGCCCAAACAGCACAACCUGAGUCCCAACUCCUUCAUCCAGGUGGCACUGCAGCUGGCCUACUACAAAGUUCACAAUGAGGUUUGUGCCUCCUGUGACAUUGCCUCCCAGAGGAUGUUUCGAGGGGGGCGCACAGACUACAUCCGCUCUCCCACCAAUCAAAUGCUCAAGUUUGUGCUUACCUUUGAUGACCCCUCUAUCUCGAGAGAGGCAAAGCUGGAAUUACUCAGAGAGGCCAUAGAGACAUACGUCACUCUAACUGAUCAGGCGCUCAAAGGACAAUCCAUCGACCGCCACCUGCUGGGCUUGAAGCUUCAGGCCAUCGAGGAGGGACUGAGCGUGCCCAGACUGUUCAUGGACACUGCUUAUGGGCUGGCCACCCACUGGAAACUGAGAACAGGACAGGUGCCUGCAAACACGGACAGUGUAAUGUGUUUCGGACCUCUCGUUCCCGACGGAUACGCUGUGUGCUACAACCCCCAGUCGGACCAUGUCCACUUCUCCGUAACAGCCUUCAACUGCUGUGAGGAAACCCAGGCUGAGACACUGGCUGCCACACUGCACAGCACCCUCUGCCAGCUACAGGAGCUACUGCAGCCUACUGUAUAGUGCUGUGCUAUCUGACACAACAGGAGUGUGUAUUCAUCAGGCAACAAAUAUAAGAAAACUGACAAAACCAGCUCUUGUCCAAUAAGAAACGCUCAUGUUUCUUCAAUACUUUUUAAGUUGUGUGCCCUAAUGAAUAUAAUCCAGGACUUAAAUGAAAACCAUCUGAGGUGCUAAUGCUUUGAUUAAAAAGGAAUAUUUGGCCUUUGAUGUAUGUGCUAGCAUUAGCUUGAUUUGCUGCUAGGUUUAUGUUACUGUUUGUACUUAAGGGCAAUUGAAUACUAUUGCUAGAACUGUUUUGUGUUCCUACUUUUUAAGGCCAUAGCAGACUACUUAAUAAGCUAGGUUUGUCUGGCUAGAGGUUUGUAAUGCUUUAUUGACCGGCGACGAAAUAGAUUUCACUGUAUGUUAUCUAAUACCAUCUGUGUUUUGUAUGCAAUUUGGCAUCUUGUUUGCUGCAAUGCUUUGGCAGUCCAAUGGGAAUGUCUGUCAACCGUCCAAUCUGUCUAUUACUUUCUCAUUUUGUGGGCAGAUUCCUGAAAAAAGACCAUGUUAACAAACCAUGCCUAUAUCUGCAUAAAGCUGGAACUCUGAGUACUGUUGAGCUCCCCCUGGAUGCACAUCA